AUGCGUAGCCUCCGCCUGCGCCUCGUCCCCCUCCUCGCGAUCGCCGCGGUCCUCUGCCUCCUCUCCUUGCCCUCCCGGCGGUCCCCGCCGCCGGAACCGCCGCUCCCCUGUGGCGCGGCGCCCUCGGACGCGACGGCGGGGCGGUGGGUGCCGACCCCGGAGCCCGUGCCGGCGCCGCUCUACACCGUGUCGUGCCCGUUCCACCGGGGCUCCUACAACUGCCUCCGCAACGGCCGCCCACCGCUGGCCCCGCUCUCCUGGGCGCCCGCGCGCUGCGGCGGCGCCGUCGUCCUGAGGAUCGACCCCGCGGCGUUCCUUGCCGCCGCCAGGGGCCGCCGCGUCGGCCUCGUCGGGGACUCGCUGUCCGAGAACCUCGCCGUCGCGCUGCUCUGCGCGCUCCGCUCCGCCGACCCCGACGCGCGCAGGUGGAAGCGCCGCGGCGCCUGGCGCGGGUGGUACUUCCCCCGGGACGACGUCACCGUCGCCUUCCACCGCACCGUGCUGCUCGCCAAGUACACGUGA